AUGUCCGACUCAGACCCUGCUCCUGACAUUGUUGCCCUGACCGCGAUGUUGGCGGCACAAAUGAAGUCCUCAGAGGAGAGGGAACGUAAAAUGGCUGACCUGUUCCAACAAACUAUACAACGACUGACACAACCAACACAACAACCCGUGCAACCCAGCACCACAUCACCAGCUCCAAAGCCUGUCUCUGCGGAGCGACCGAUUUUACUGUCGUCCUCGACAUUAGCCGACUUCACGGCAUGGCAGGAAAUGUGGCGAGACUAUUAUGAGUGCCAGCACCUGUCAGCCCAGAGCCGUGAGACCAGAGUAUCCUCGCUGCGGCAAGCUCUUGAUGAGGAGCUACGCAGAUUUCUCCGCGAGGGUAUUAUCGUGACUUCUCCGAAUCCCGAUGCGGACGAUGUGAUUUCUGCAGUCAAGGAAUAUUUGCGACGGCAGCGCAACCCACUCCUGGAUCGUAUCGCAUUUUACGAUAGGUGUCAGUCGAAAGGCGAGUCUUUCGAUUCUUUUUACACUUCGUUGAAAGAAUUACACACUAGCUGUGAUUUUCCGGACGUUGUUUUGUGCUCACAAUGUUCAGCACACACAUGUAGUACCUGUCGCACAAGCCUGACACGUGUGCGUGCUGACACCCUGCGUGACAGGAUUGUCAUUGGAAUUGGUGACGACGCUACCCGGCACAAGCUAUUGUCUGCCAAGGACUUGACCCUGAACGACGCAGUCACAAUUUGCCGGGCGGAGGAAGCGGCUACCACGACGAGCAGCAGUAUCCCGUCCACCAGCCAGCUCAAUGCUGUGCGGCGGUCCGCGUACCAACGCAGUAAGCAACAAUCCCGACAGGGACAGCCUGGCAGCAAGAUGUCUGAACCUGUAUUGCCAUCUGCACCCGCUCCCUCGUCAGGAAGCGACACACACAAGAAGUGCCCCAAUUGCGGCCGGAGCCCGCACACAAAGUCUAGUUGCCCUGCCAGCGGCAAGAAAUGUAAUGGCUGUGGCAAGACUGGUCACUUUCUCGCUAUGUGUAGGUCGUCGUCACAAUCGGACCGGAACGUGAAGCAUGUGGGCCAACUGAAGUUGCAGCGUACUCGUCUUGCUGCGCAGCCUACAGUGCGUGUGUCCACCCGUUUAGCCACUGAGGAUGAGGCAGUCACGCUACCCUGGGUCCCUGAUACUGGCAGUGACGUCGAUGCCAUUGGCGAGCAUCAUCUCGAACUGCUUGGCGGGUUCCCCGAGAACCUCGACCAUGACCCAGAGUGCGUCCUAGCGGCAUCUGGAGAGCAGUUGCAGAACGCCGGCAGUAUUCGUGCUUCACUUCAGGUUGGCGAAGUACAACACAGCACCGUAAUCCACGUGUACAAGGGUCUGGACGAUGCUCUUCUAUCACGUUCGUCCUUGAGUGCACUCCAGCUCCUCCCGUCAGAUUGGCCUGCACAGUACCCUGCUGCUAAUGCUGCCGCGCCACCUAAGGUCCGUGCUGUAUCAAAGCCUGUUGUCAAUCCUAGCUCUGCUGAUAUCGCUCGUGUUCGCGAUGAGCUACUGCAGGAGUUCUCGGACGUGUUUUCCGACACUGGCUUGAAGGCGAUGGCAGGUCCUCCGAUGGACAUCCAACUUCAGCCAGAUGCUAAGCCGUCAUGUGUCCAUACCGCACGCCCGAUUCCGUACGCGUUUCGUGACCAGGUCAAGUCACAACUGGACACAAUGGUUGUCGAUGGCAUAAUCGAGCCUGUCAGUGAGCCUAGUGAAUGGUGUCACCCGAUUGUGCUCGUCGACAAGAAAGGUACCACUGAGAAACGCCUCACCGUCGAUUUCAAACGAUUGAAUGACCAAGUCCUGAGACCAGCCCACCCUGUUCGCACCGCUCGCGAUGUGGUUUCUGGUAUUGGAUCGGCACAGUUCCUCACCAAGCUUGAUGCAAGGCACGGAUACUGGCAAAUCCCACUGAGUGAGCAGGCAUGUCCAAUGACCACAUUCAUCACCCCAUACGGCAGGUAUCGUUUCCUACGCAACCCUCAAGGCCUGAUUUCCGCCGGGGAUGUUUUCAACUGCCGCACUGAUGCUGCGUUCGAUGCAAUCCCGAAUUUCGCCAAGGUUGUAGAUGAUUGCCUGGCCUAUGAUGACGACUUUGCCUCCCAUGUCACCCAUGUUCGUGACAUCCUGCUGUGUGCUCGACAGCAUGGCAUUACUCUGAGCCCGUCCAAAUUCACCUUUGCGUCACGUCACAUCCAUUUCUGCGGCUACAUUGUCAGUCCAGACGGCUGGGUUGUUGACGAUGACAAGGCAGCGGCUAUUCGCGAUUUUGACAUUCCUGCGAACCGCACUGAUUUGCGUUCGUUUCUUGGCCUGGUGAACCAGUGUAGCGAGUUCUCACCACACCUCGCCGCCUGCACCACUCCGCUUCGUGGUCUGUUGAAGACGACCCGUGAGUUUGUCUGGGAUGCCAACCACACUGUUGCGUUCGAGAAGACCAAGUCUACUCUGCUGUCUCCUCCUAUCCUGGCCUUCUACCAGCAUGGACACGACCUCCGUCUGGAGACUGAUGCCUCUGCACUACGUGGUCUCGGCUUCGUUCUGUGGCAGAAGCAGGAUGAUAAGUGGCGAAUCAUCCAGUGUGGCUCCCGCUACCUCUCUGACGCCGAAUCUCGCUAUGCUGUUGUUGAGCUUGAGAUGCUCGCCGUCGUUUGGGCUGUGCACAAGUGCAAGUUGUACUUAUCCGGCACCCUAUUUGAUCUGAUCACUGAUCACCGUCCGUUGAUCCCGAUUAUCAACGCGUAUUCUCUAGAUCAGAUCGAGAAUCCUCGCCUUCUCCGUCUUCGCCUGAAGCUGCAGUCGUUUCAAGUGCACGCUUCCUGGCGAAAAGGCUCUGAUCACGCGUUUGCUGAUGCGCUGUCUCGCAAUCCCGUCGGCAUCCCGUCUUCAGAUGAUGAACUCGGCGAAGCCCCUGCUCUUCAUUGCCGCAGCAUCCGUGUGUGCAUGCUCCGUGAUGAUGGUCCUCACCCCAACCUGAAGUUUGCUGAACUUCGAGCAGCCGCCUCAGCUGAUCCAGUCUAUCAGUCUCUUGUCCAGUGCGUUCUGCAUGGUUUUCCCGCUCGGCAGCGUGAUUUGGAUGCUCCACUACAACCCUUCUGGAAUGGACGUGAACACCUGUCAGUGGACCAGGGCAUCGUCAUGAAAGGCCAACGCAUUCUCGUUCCCUUGGCCAUGCGUCAACGUGUUCUCGCUAAUCUUCAUGCCUCACAUCAAGGUCUCGUCCGUACCAAGGCUCGCGCCCGACAGCUCGUGUAUUGGCCUGGUCUCACCGCCGACAUAGACACCCUUGUCCGUGCCUGUUCCGCGUGUCGAGAAUUCCAGUCGUCACAGUCAGCCGAACCACCGAUGAAUGACCGUCAUCCUACUCUACCGUUCGAGUUUGUGUCCGCUGAUCUGUUCUCUUGCCAAGGCUAUGAGUUUCUUGUUUAUGUCGACCGUCUGACUGGUUGGCCGUGCGUUGUUCGAACCGGCAGGACCACGUCAUCACACGAUGUCAUUCUCGCUUGUCGUCGUUGGUUUGCCGAUCUGGGUGUGCCUGCUGUACUGUGCACCGACGGUGGCCCCCAGUUUGCAUCGAAGAAGUUUGCCGACUUCUGUAGCCGUUGGCAAGUGCAACGCGUAUCCUCUUCCCCGCAUUAUCCCCAGAGUAAUGGACAUGCGGAAGCCGCAGUGAAAGCCAUGAAGCGCUUGCUGCUCAAGACCUCGUCAAAUGGCAAUCUCGACACAGAUGCAUUUCGUCGUGGUCUACUGGAGUGGCGGAAUACGCCCGGUCCGUCUGGCAAGAGCCCAGCUGAGCAUCUUCUCGGGCAUCCACUUCGGUCUUUCGUCAUUGCUGAGUGGACGCAGUUUGAUUCCUCGUGGUCGACCGUCGCUAGUGAGCGUGCGGCGUAA